GGCUAGGCAUGGCGACGGCGUCGAGCAAGGGCGCGAGGAAGAAGAGCCUGAUUUCACGAACCCUGGAGCGGUGCAGGUCCGGGCUGAGCCGGAUCGGCGCUGCCGCCGGCAGGGCGGCGCCGGUGGCGGGGUGCUUCCCGGUCUACGUGGGGCCCGAGCGGGCGCGCUUCGUGGUGCGCGCCGAGUUCGCCUCCCACCCGCUCUUCCGCCGCCUCCUGGACGACGCUGAGCGCGAGUACGGGCACGCGGCGCGGGGCCCGCUCGCGCUGCCCUGCGACGUCGACGCGUUCCUCGACGUCCUCUGGCACAUGGAACACGACGGCGAGGAUGACGACGAGGGCGGCGAGAUCACCCCACCCGCGGCCGUGUCGUCGUCGCCGAUCUGCGGGUUGCGGAGCUGCGGCAGCAAGGGGCGCGCCUCGGGUUACCGGAUGAUGAACCCGAGGUCGUCUCCGGUGGUCGCUAGGCGGUGGCCUGGAGGUGAGAGCAAAGCAUCUAGCCACGCGCGCACCCGAUCAUACAGUUAG